AUGGAGCAGCAGCGCCCGCUGCCGGCGUCUACAUCGUCGCCCGUGGAGUCGGGCCGGACGAGCGGGGAAUGCCAUCGCUCGAGUUUGGACAGCGGGAGGCGGAGAACGAGUGGCGCGAGUGAGAGGGAAGUGCAGAGGGAAUUUGCGUAUGCAGCUGAUGAGAGGAAGGAGGGCAAUGCUGGUGGUGAAGGUGGUAGUGUUGCUGCAGUCCCAGCCGUGACUACACUCUCCCUCCCAACCCCCCCGGAUUCCCCCACUUCCCACUUCCCCCAUCUCCCAACACCCGGAAAACCCAUCGCCAAACGGGCACCGACGACAUUGAACAAGGCGAGGAUCCGCUAG